AUGGUCCUCCUCGCGGGAGACCUCUUCCAUGACAACAAGCCCUCUCGCCGCGCCCUCCAGCGGUGCAUGGAGGCGCCCGUCCUGCGUGACCACUGCCUCGGCCAGCGCGAAGUCGUCUCGGACCAGACGGCAAACUUCCACGACAAGUACAAGAGCGUCAACUACGAGGACUCAAACUACAACGUGCAGCUGCCAGUCUUCUCCAUCCACGGCAACCACGACGACCCCGCCGGCGACGGCCACAUCCGCGACGAGCGGCUCCACCGCGCCCUCGAGCGGAAGGAGGUGAGCGUCGCUCGGCCGUCCAAGGACACCGACCAGUGGCACGAGCGCGGCGCGGGCGACGGCAAGAAGGGGUACAUCAAGGAGUCGCAGCUGCCGAGCUGCAUGGACAUCGUCGUCUGGGGGCACGAGCACAAGUGCGAGAUCGGCUCGGGCGCCGGCACCGAGGCGGUCGGCAACAACUUCGUCGUGCUGCAGCCGGGCUCGACCGUCGCGACGUCGCUGGUCGAGGGCGAGUCCGAGGACAAGCACGUCGGGCUGCUCGAGGUGCGGGGCGACCAGUGGAAGUUCACCGCUCUGCCGCUCGAGACGGUGCGACCCUUCAUCCUCAAGGACGUGGUGGAGGCCGCGAUCUUGGAGCUGCGCGAGCGGCACACCACCACCGCUCUCACCAAGGCGGCCGAGAACCGCGCUAAGUUCCCCCUGGUGCGCUUGCGCGUCGACUACUCGGGCUACGCGACUUGCAACCCGCAGCGCUUCGGCCAGCGCUUCGUCGACAAGGCGCGCAAGAAGGCCGAGGCGGCAGCCGCAGCCGAGGCGCGCGACGAGGGGACGUACGACGGGGGCGAGCCCGACGACGCGCGCACGCAGAUCCAGUCGUUUGUGGGCGCGCCUCCCCGCGUAUCUCGGCGAAUCUCGGCGAAUCUCGGCGAAUCUCGGCGAAUCUCGGCUCGCGAGUUUCUGCAAAAGGGGUCCAAGGAGCAGCUGCGGCUCCUCGCCGAGCACGAGCUAAACACGGCCGUCUUCGAGGGGUACGUCGAGAAGGAAAACAAGUCCGCCAUCUCGGCGGCGGCCAAGGAGACCUUCAUCGAAGACAUGCUCGCCAAGCAGCCGCACCGCACCGCCCCUGCCGCGGGCGCCGCCUCCUCGUCCGCCGCGGGCGGCGGCGCGUCCGCGCCGCCGGCCUCUUCUGCUCUCAGCGACGCGCCGGACGACAGCGACGACGACGCGCCCGCUCCUCCUCUGCCGCCGCCGCCCCCCUCUCCAUCUUAA